GUCCCCGAGGCGACGCGGCCGGGCGCUGGCGGCGGAGGGGGCGUGGCCCGGCGGGCGGCGAGCAACGGGCGGCGACGAGGCGGAGGGGGAGGAGGUGGCGGAAGGCGCCGCGGGGUCCGCGCUCCCUCCGGCCGCCCCGACAGCCAUGGGCGAGCGGGGCAACGACGGCGGCCAGCAGCCGAAGAGGCGGGCGGGGACCGGCUCUCGGCAGCCCCCCGGCGGAGCGGGAGGGGCCAGCCCGGCCCAGCGCGGCGCGGGGGAUGGCGCGGAUCCUUUCUCCGACGCCGACUUCAGGUGUCACAAGCUGCAGGAUUCCCUGCUCAGCUCCGCCAGCGGCUUCAGCAACUACCGGGGCAUCUUGAACUGGUGCGUGGUCAUGCUGGUGAGUAGCCCCUGCCACCCCGAUUCCUGGCUGGCUGCCCCUUG